AUUGACAAAGUAAAAAAAAAAAAAAAAAUCAAAGUUAGCAAAACCCAGAAAAUUACGAGAAAAGAAACGUUGCUCUCUUUCUCUUUCUCUAGCUCUCGCUGUCUCAAUCUGUUUCCAAAAAAAAGCUUCGCUGAGGACAAAGCAAAGGGUUUUGUGAAGAGAGAGAUAAAAGUACAAAAUUUUAACCUAAACAAGAAAAAAAACACCCCCUAAUCUGCAAAGAGAGGGAAAAGCUCAAAGGCUUAAAACAGAAAGAGAGAAAAUUUUUCUCUUUAGAGAGAAAAAAGUUUGGUGUCAUCUACCUAUCGGAGCUGAGCUUUGGAGCUAGGGUUUCAUCUUUCCUCUUUUUGAAACUCCUUUUCUGAUGAAGGUUUGUUCUUGGACUUCGCCUUGAAGCUUUACUCCUGUUUUAGAUGGCACAAAAAUUUUUAUCAGGUUAUAAUGUCUUCUGUACUUGGUGGUUUUGCAACUGAAGCACCAUGACGCUGGAAGAUUUUUUUACAUUGACUGAGAUGAAAGACGGGCUGACAUCCCCUUCUCGAGUUGAGGAGCUACUAACUGUAAUGAAGAAAGAGAAAGAUGUUGUUGGAAAGAAUGUUAGUGAUGUGACCAGGCAGUGGACUGCUGUUGCAAGUACAAUUGCUGCGACUGAGAAUAAGGAUUGUCUCGAUCUUUUUGUUCAACUAGAUGGACUCUGUUUCCUUGAUGGAUGGCUUAAGGAUGCUCAAGAUUGCGGUAAUGAGUCUAGUGGCAAUUUUGUGGAAGAAUCAAUUACUGCACUCUUACGAGCUCUUGAAAAGUUGCAUAGAAAUAAUGAGAGGUCUAUUUCUUCUGAGAUCCGGAUUACAGUGAAGAAUCUUCUUGGCCACAAUAGCCCUCGAGUUCAGGACGGAGCUAGAUUGCUCUUUGACAACUUGAAACAGGAUAAGGUUGCCGAUGGUGAUAUUGAUACUGGUGGACAUGACUACGGGAUUUCAGACAGUGCAAAAGUUACUAUAGAAAACAGCGGGCCAGAAUCUUCUGUCAGAGGUGGUCCUUCUGGAGCAAAUGCCCAUGAAGAAAUUGAUGGAACAGAUGCUGCAAAAGUUGAGAACCUUCCUUCAAACCUAGAUGGUGUUCAGUCAGAAAGUGAUAAAGAUUUUCACAUUGAAAGUACUAAUGAUCAGCUCGAGUCUAACAUAAACUCAGAUCACGCAAACCUGGAAAACAGAUCUCAAAGUCAUAUGGCUUCCUCUUUCAUGCCUAAUCCCAUUCAAGAGAAGUCAUCUAUGAAGGAAGAGCCACUGGCAACUACUGUGGAAGAAACUGCUUCUGUUGAGGUCUGCAGUUUGCCAGAAUCAAAGCAAGAACAUGUUGAAGUUUCAGAUGCUCAGAAGUUGAAUGGGUUACCAAUUGAUGAAAACCAGAAGUUGGAUAUGACAGUUUCUUCCUCUAGUACUUCAGAACAUGUUCUAGUGUCUUCUGGUGUUCUUGUUCGAAGUGCUCAGGAGGCUAUAGCAGAACCAAAUUUGCAAAAUGAGUCUGAAGCCAAUAAAAGUGAUGUCCUAAAAUUUGUUGCUAUUGGUGAUGAUAAGGCCCCUGUGUCUGAGCCAAAGAAGGCAAUGGAUGAUAGUGGAGUUAUGAAUCAUUUGGGCAAUGGUUCACAGCAGUUCAAGACCACAGGCAAAGGUAGUGAGCCUCAUUUGGGCAAGUGGAGCUCCUCUGAAAAUGAGUUUAAAUAUAGAAAGCCUGGGAAUCUGGACACUAUCUUUUCCAGGACGGAACUCACUGGAGCAGCAGAUGAAGGUAAGGAGAAUUAUGGCAUGGAGGAUUCGAGGCGUGGUGCCAAUUAUGUUAGUCCUGAUGUGAUCAAUAGGAGAAUGUCUGAUAUGGAGCUUGAGUAUGGCAUAGUUGAUGCUCUGGAAGUUGCCCGACAAGUUGCUCAAGAAGUGGAACGAGAAGUAGUAGAUGACAGAGAGGCUUCAUGCAGCUCUUCAGAGAAGAUUUCAGGAGGUGGAAUUGAGCAACCUAGUACCCCAGACUCCUUAAAUGCAAAGCAAGACCUACCUGCUCAGGUUAUACCAAGUGGGGUGUCUACUGGACACAAUCAAUCUACUGAAGCAUAUAAUGAGGGGGAGGGGUGCAUGGUUAGUUCAGAUAAUGCAGACAAUGAAAAGGAAAAUGGUUUGCAUCACAUGGAGUCCUCUCAGGUGACUGUGGCUCAAGAACCUGAACCUAACACUAAAUGCCUAUGUGAGUUUGACCUGAACCAGGAAAUCUGUUCUGAUGAUGUAGAACAAACAGUCAAUUCCAUCUCCACCCCCGUUUCAGUGGUUUCUGCUUCAAGGGCAGCAGCUGCUCUUGGCUUUCCUGUAGCUCCUCUACAGUUUGAGGGGGCUCUCGGAUGGAAAGGAUCUGCCGCCACAAGUGCUUUUCGCCCAGCAUCAGCUUGUCGAAAUUCUGAUGGUGAAAAAACUCUCUCUCUUGGGGGAACAAGCAGUAGCACAAAACAGAGGAUGGAUUGCAUUGAUUUUGAUCUUAAUGUUGCUGAAGCUGGUGAUGAAAAAGGUGCUGAACUAAUGUCAGGCAAACAGGUUACAGCCUUGUCAAGCCUCAAUUCCAUAGAGUCUUCACUUGAAGUGAGUCCAAGAAAAUCCAAGAGACUUAAACUGGAUUUAAACUGUAUCAACGAUGAUGUUGAUGCUUCAUCAUUAGACUCAAAAGUAGAGGGACGGUUCUUGUACAACAUGAAUGGGCACCAUAACCCAUCACCUGCUCUGUCAUCAUCAUCAAUGCAACCUUCUAUGAGGAACAUUGACUUGAAUGACAGACCAUACAGUCACAAUGAUGCCUCAGAACAAAGGCCUUAUCAUGGUAUAUGUUCCCAAAAUGUUAAUGCAUAUGGUGGAGGGCCUAAACCAAAUGAUCCUGUUAUUUCUCUGAUGGGAACAAGAGUGGAAGUCAAUAGGAAGGAUUCCAUUCCUCAGGUUGUAUCCUUGCUACAUGGCAAGGCCUUUGAGCCUGCAAGAGAUGCAAACAUCACAAGGACAGGAGGUUUUCUGGGGUUAAGUCCCAAUAUGCCAUAUUCACAUUCUCCUGCAUUCAGUUAUAAUGGAGUGGCUAUGGCACCAACUAUUUCCUUCUCUUCUGCCAUUUAUGGGGCUAGUGGUUCAAUCCCGUAUAUGGUUGAUUCAAGAGAUUCAAGAGCAACUGUUGUGCCUCAAACAAUGGGCUCUACAUAUGCCGUUCCUCCAGCAUACACUCAACCACAGUUCAUUAUGGGCACGAACAACCCAAAUGUUGGUUUAAAUGGUUUGGUCCCCUCACGACCAAAUUUCGAUUUAAAUUCUGGUUUAGCAAUUGAGGGAGGAAAUAGAGAUUUCAUGAGUUUAAGGCAGCCUUUCAUGCCUGUCGAGCAUUUGAGUGUGAAUACUCAACCCUCCUCUAGUUCCGGAGUUGGUGCAAAAAGGGAAGGAACCAGAUAGUCGUUGGGAGCCAGCCAAAAGCAAAUCAACUACAGAGAGCAGCAAUUUCCAUGGAACUAGCAAGGUCAUAUUUAUGCUGCCCCUUCUCUUGGGAUGAGUUAUGUCCAAGCUAAUUGAUGCUUGCUUUGCAAGGAUACCUGGAAAAUCAAAGAACCCAUUGGCUUCGUAGGAGGGGAGUUUGAACUGAGUUAAAUAGGGAAUCAGGAAUGUAAUGUAAUUCAUAAGAUUGAUUGCUGAAGGGAAGGAAAAUAGGUUUUAAUUGUUCUAGUUUUACCUUACCGUCUUGUUUUCUUUUUUCUGUUCCAUUGAAGGCCAUUGCAACCACACAAGGCUAGGUUCAUUGUAGUUGUAACAUAUUUUCCAUGAUGCAACACAAAGGUCCAGAAAACUAAACACUACCAUUUUCUCUCCUUUUGGCAACAACAGUUUAUACGUGAAUGAUCUUAGUUUUUAAAA